AAUUGUUAUGAAUUUAGAAUCACUUUUCAGAUGUAAUUAAAAUUACUUAUACUCAGAAUUAUUAAAAACUCAAUUUACUUAUAUACUUAUAUAUAAUUAAUUUGAAACAUUAAAAGGUAAUUUAUUUGAACCUAAUAUAUCAAAGUUUUUCUCUGAUUUUUCUUUUAAACUCUUGUUAAGUCACAUCCACAAAUUUCACUUAGGCUAUCAUAGAAGUAAAACUAAAAACACUCAAGUCCAGAGCAAUAUAUACAGGUUUUUAAAUGUGGGGCAUAAUCAUCAUGUGAUUCAAGUAAAUAUUAAGUCAUGGUAUCUGACAAAUUCAGCAGCAUAAUUGAAAGUAAAAUUUGAAAAUGUCAUUAUAUAAUUUGGUUUUGGAUAUUUAUUUUCUAAUUUUUAGUUACCAAAAUGAUUUUUGAAUUUUGAAUAUAGAAAAUUAUAAUUGCUUUAUUCACAUUAAUCAUAAAAGGUCAAGAUAGAAUUAUUUUGUACUAGAUUUUCAAAACAGCUUUGCCCAGUGAUUUCUACCUGAACAUAAAUUAAAAUAUUUUUAAAAUCUGCUAAUCAGAUACCAGAGGAACCUAUAAAAAAUGUCUGAAAGCCUCAAGUUCAAAGUGCUUUGGCUCUAGAAUCAGACAUCUGGGAUUGAUAGCUAUGGCUCCACUUUGAAUACAUUCUUCAGUUUCUUUGUGUUUCAGUUUUCUCUUUGUAAAACAAAUAGGAUAAAAGCAAGCUAACAGGAUUUACAAAGAUCAUGUUAGCUAAUAGUCUAGUGACUGGCAAUUUACCAUCCACUAUGUUAGUUACUUUUUGCUGUUUUUACAAUGCUCCUUGAUGACCUUUAAGAAAAAACUGGAUUAUACCAAAAGACAUUAACAAUUGACCUUGGCACUUGAAUUUGAAAACAGUUAUUACAUAUACUGGUUGGCCAUUAAUAAUAUAUAUGUUGCAAUAUAUUAGCUUUAAGAAAUUUGCAAAUUUAUUAUUUAGUAUUUAUUGUUAAAGAGCAUCUUUUCUUUGUGUUUCUUAUUACUCUGUCUCACUCAUCAGCAUUUAGAGCAUUUUUUCCUGUAUUAGGGUAAUGAAUUUAUAAUCUAGGCACCUUUACUAGUGUAGAGGGGGGGAAAAUAUUUUUCUUUUUCCCAUCUUAGGUUCAGUAGAUGGAAUCCUGCAAUUUAGACUGACAAAAGACAUAUAAGCAAGAAAAGAGCAGAACUUUAUUAACAAGUGCAUCACAUAUACACACGGGAGAACUCAGGGAUAAGUAACUCAAAGAAUUGGUUAGAACUUGGGCUUAUAUAGUAUUUUAACAAAAAUACAAUAAAUUUGCAGAGAAGUGACAAGACAAAGGAAGGGGGUUCUUAGGGGUACAGAUAGUGGGAAGGUAGAUAUAUGAGGAGAUUAAUGGAAGAUAUGGGUUAUUUAAGCAAGGUCUGUUGAGCAGACUCCUCUUUUGCCUUCUCUGGGAUGAUAAGACCCUAGAGUUUUUCUUGUGUCUCUCUAUUGUUUUUUGUUUUUGUUUUUGUUAUUUUACAAUUGUCUUCAGCUCAAAAUAAUCCAAUGCCAGAGGAGCACAUUUUGUGGUGGCAUACUCUGAACUUUUCAUUACCCAAUCAAGCAAACCUUCGGAUUUAUUAUUAUUUUUUUUUAUAAAAUGAGAAAGGUGCUAGAACCUUGCUUCUCAAUGUAUGGUCCUGGCCAGUGACAUCUGGAAACAUAUGAAAUGAAAAACCACAGGCUCUAUCCCAAGGGUGCAUUAAUCAGAAUUUGCAUUUUGGCAAUACCCUUAGGUGAUUCAUAUGCCCAUUAGAGCUUAAGAAGCACUGCUUGGAAGCCCCUUCUACCAUAAUUGAGGUAAACCCAAUGUAUGUACCCAUUUACAUUGUAGACCCAUUUUAUAGUCUAAAUGUGCUUAGUGACACUGGAUAUAUGCAAUAAAUUUGAAUUUAUGCAGGAAACAACAUUUGGCAUUGGUGAAUACAAGGGUAUGACACACGACAAUGGAGAGGGAACAUUCCUAUUCAUAAGGGAAUUCCUAGAGUGAAGCCACCAAAGUCUUCACUGUCUUUCUUCAAAACUCUGUCUCUUAAAUAUAGGUUUUGGUCACCUGUACGUUGGUCACAGGAAUAGCUUCCCAAUUGAUCUUUUAAUUUAUAAACUCAAUUCUCAAAAGUAGUACUUAGAAAUAACUAUGAGAAUUUUUUUUAAAUGUUUUCAAAAUGAUUUUUUGCCCUUCACAGGCUUUCAGUGGACUCACUUGCAAAUGGGCAUCAGGACUUCCUAGAUUGUUAUCUUCAGUACAUUGUUCGAUAUGAAAAUAUAUAUUUUUGAUAAGAAGUAUCUAUCAUAUAAUGUUUAAACAUGAUUUCAUUAAGGGAAGAAAAAAUUCAUUUUGAAACUAAUUUUAAAGUUACCUUUGAUGACUUUUGAACAUUAUUUUUGAAGAUGAAUCUUAUGAAUUGAUCAAUUUAGAAGCUACAGCUGUUAAAUAUGGGUGUGACUAGAACCUAGGUUUAGUGGGCCAAUUUCUAAACAAAAACAAAAUAACACGUUUCAGUCAGGGGCCAUGUAGAGUCUAGUUAAAAAGUGGUAAAUUGAGUCAGCCCUUUGUGGGUUUAGAUGUAAUCGGGGACUAAGCUGGAGAUUGCUCAGAGUGGGAUGAAGGCAAAAAGACUGGAGUUGAAUUUUGGAGGUGAAGUGUGGCUGUUUCUGCAGUCUUUCUAGAAUUGCUCACAUUCUUUGCACGCUUAUUUUUCUAAACAGAUAAUUGGUUAUAAUAAUACAUAUCUCACUGUUUCAUUAAAAUGACUGAUAUUAACUAUGCCUUCAAGCACAGAGCAGGCAUUUAAUUACUGGAGCUCUUUCAUGAAUCCAGUUCUUUUUAUCUUUCUAGGACUGUGUAACUGGGUUAAAGGGCUCAAUGCAGGGACUCUGUUUUCUGGUUUAAGUACCACAAUGGACACAGGCAACAAAACUCUGACCCAGGACUUUCUCCUACUGGGCUUUCCCGGUUCUCAAACUCUUCAGCUCUCUCUCUUCGUGCUUUUUCUAGUGAUGUACAUCCUCACAGUUGGUGGUAAUGUGGCUAUCUUGAUGUUAGUGAGCACAUCCCAUCAGUUGCAUACCCCCAUGUACUUCUUUCUGAGCAACCUCUCUUUCCUGGAGAUUUGGUAUACCACAGCCGCAGUCCCCAAAGCACUGGCCAUCCUGCUGGGGAGAAGUCAGACCAUAUCAUUUACAAGCUGUCUUUUGCAGAUGUACCUUGUCUUCUCAUUAGGCUGCACAGAGUACUUCCUCCUGGCAGCCAUGGCUUAUGACCGUUAUCUCGCCAUUUGCUAUCCUCUACACUACAGAGCUAUUAUGAAUAGCCUGCUCUCAGCCCAGCUGGCCCUGGGUUCCUGGGUGUGUGGUUUCAUGGCCAUUGCAGUGCCCACAGCCCUCAUCAGUGGCCUGUCCUUCUGUGGCCCCCAUGCCAUCAACCACUUCUUCUGUGACAUUGCACCCUGGAUUGCACUGGCCUGCACCAGCACACAGGCAGUAGAGUUUGUGACCUUUGUGAUUGCUUUUGUGGUCAUCCUGAGCUCGUGCCUCAUCACCCUUGUCUCCUACGUCUACAUCAUCAAGACCAUCCUCAGGAUCCCCUCUGCCAGUGGCCAGAGCAAAGCCUUCUCCACAUGUUCCUCGCAUCUCACUGUGGUGCUCAUUUGGUACGGGUCCACAAUUUUCCUUCACGUCCGCACCUCUGUCAAAGACGCCUUGGAUCUGACCAAAGCUGUCCACGUCCUGAACACUGUGGUGACUCCAGUUUUAAAUCCCUUCAUCUACAUGCUUCGUAAUAAGAAAGUAAGAGAAACUCUGCUGAAGAAAUGGAAGGGAAAAUAAAUCUCCUCCACUACA